AUGUCAAGAAGAGUUGUUAUUACAGGGUUGGGCUGUGUAACACCGUUGGGGAAAUCAUUAAAUGAGUCAUGGAGGAAUCUGCUCUCUUCCAAAAAUGGACUCAUACCGAUCACGUCUUUAUCCAACUAUGAAAAGGACUAUAAACCAAAAGAGAAAAGUAUUCCAUCGACGAUAACAGUGGGGAAGAUUCCAGAGGAUUUUCAUGACGAAAACUCAGCCACUUAUAAACUGCUGUUCACUAGCCAGGAUGAGAGAAGAACCUCAAACUUUAUCAAAUUAGCGGUGCGUACAACUUAUGAAGCACUUCAUAAUGCUGGUCUCUUAAAUCCAAAUGACAUAACCAUCAAUACAUCCUUAUGUGAUUUGGAUUAUUUUGGCUGCCUAAUAGGUUCUGGUAUAGGAUCUAUUCAAGACAUAUACCAGACUUCUCUUCAGUUUCAUAAUGAAAAUAAAAAAGUAAAUCCAUAUUUUGUCCCUAAGAUUCUUACAAAUAUGGCAGCUGGUAAUGUUUCCAUUAAGUUUAACCUUAGAGGGUUAUCCCAUAGUGUUUCCACAGCGUGCGCAACAGGUAAUAAUUCCAUUGGCGAUGCAUUCAAUUUCAUCCGAUUAGGUAUGCAAGACAUCUGCGUUGCUGGUGCAAGUGAGACGAGUUUGCAUCCGCUAAGUCUAGCAGGGUUUAUCAGGGCGAAGUCUAUUACCACUAACGGAAUUUCCAGGCCUUUUGAUACACAGCGUUCCGGGUUCGUACUUGGUGAAGGGUGCGGAAUGAUUGUUAUGGAAUCCUUACAACAUGCUCAAAAGAGAAAUGCAAAUAUAAUUUCUGAACUCGUGGGCUAUGGUUUAAGCAGUGAUGCCUGCCAUAUCACCUCUCCUCCUGCUGACGGAAAUGGUGCCAAAAGAGCCAUAGAAAUGGCUCUUAAAAUGGCUAGAUUAGAACCAACUGAUGUUGACUACGUCAAUGCUCACGCUACAUCAACUUUACUAGGCGAUAAAGCGGAGUGUUUAGCAGUUACGUCAGCACUUUUACCAGGAAGGUCCAAAAACAAGCCAUUGUACAUAUCAAGUAACAAAGGUGCGAUGGGCCACCUUUUAGGUGCAGCUGGUGCUGUAGAAAGUGUAUUCACAAUUUGUUCCCUGAGGGAUGAUAAACUACCGCAUACGUUAAACCUUAACAAUGUAUUGCCUUUAGAAAAUAAAGAGACAGAUAAACUGCAUUUCAUAAGAGAUAAACCUAUAGAAGGAGCUAAUCCAAAGUACGCAUUAUGCAACAGUUUCGGAUUUGGAGGAGUAAACACAUCUCUUCUUUUCAAAAAAUGGGAAGGAAGUUGA